AUGGCACAAAAGGAGUCAACCAAGCAGACAUACUCGCACCUUAGAAUUUAAGAACCAGAAAUUAGAAAGAAAGUCAAAAUCACACUCGAUCUUCCUCUUCUAUCUCAAAUUAAGAAUCAACUGCCAGACACUAGACCUCUUCAACAGGCAUCGUUCAAACGCCUUCAAGAUGCUCUCUAAAUGGCGGGAAAGAUGCAAUACGAUCUGCUUAUUAGAAAUAUAAGCACAUUGCACAAUGACAUAAGAACACUAUGCCAACUAGGAAGAUCUCAUGAGCUGUUUGAUAUAGUUAAGAUCGGAAUAACUUAGAUAAUAGACGAGGGUUUUGCCCAUUUGGUUAAUGAAUAGGAGAAAAAGUAGAAUAAAGAUCUGAUUAAGCUCGUGCAAUCCUUUUGGAAGCAGCACUGUGUUAGAUCCUUAAGACUAUCAGAAGUGUUUUAAUACCUAGAAAAUCAUAUGAUAAUUGACUUCAAUAGGCACUAGAGACUGAAUAAUGAAUACAAGAUGGAGAUUGACCAAGCUAAUUCAAAAUUAACUGAGGAUUCAUUUAAGAUUUGGAACAUCGGCUUGCAAGCCUUUUCUGCUCAUUUCUCUCAAUCUCCUAGAGGCCAGAAAAUUAUUGGUUAACUAGUUGAUGAGAUGAUAUUCUCACUGACAUAAAACAGAUAGAUGUUUCUUGACAAGCAAACCACCGAGAGAGCUAAUUUUAUACCAAUCAUGGACAUUAUAAAAAUGCUGAUCUAGCUAGAUCUUUACUAAUAGCAAUUUGAAGUCAAGUACAUUGAAAAGACCUAGCAUUUCUUUAGAUUGCAGUCAAAUCAAUUGAUAAAUAAGCUUGAGAUACCUAUCUACCUUCAUAAGAUUUAUGACAUAAUUGAAAAUGAGUCUUUGAUUGUAAAACUUUAUCUUAAUGAGAGAACUUUAGAUCUGACUCUUAACACACUCGAAUAAGUACUAAUCAAGGAUCAUAUCUAGCAAAUCCUAGAGAAAGGAUUCGCUUAGCUUGUGCAUAGUUCAAACUUCGAAACACUUACACUCUUGUAUAACUUCCUAUUAGAGACCAAGCUACUUACUAAUCUCAAAACAUAAUGGGUUUUAUUCAUCAGGUAAGAAGGUCAAGCCUUAUUGUAGAGCAUUAAAUUUGAUGAAAAGAGUUCUACUAUAGUAGCAGUAAAGAAGAUAUUUGAGUUGAAGGAACUUACUGAUAAGAUCUUAGCUGAGUGCUUUUAGAAUAAGGAUGAUUUCAGAUAUGCCUAAAGAGAGGGAUUUGAGUCAUUUUUGAAUGUUGAUAACUCACCAGAGUAGAGUUCCAACUAUCUAGCUAUCUUUAUUGACAAGCUGAUGUAAAAAGACAAUGUGAGUAGCAAGAAUAAGCAACUUAGAAGAGAUAUUAAAAGAGUAAAGCAUGAGACUAUUAUCAAUGUGUUCAGAUACCUACAUUCCAAGGACACUUUUGAGGCUUUCUUCACUAAGUACCUAAGCGAAAGAUUAAUUAAAAGAAAAUCUGAGUCUUGGGAUGAGGAAAAAGAGUUCAUAUCUAAGCUAAAGAAUGAGUGUGGAAAUUUAUUCACUUAAAGAGUAGAACAAAUGUUUGUUGAUAUUUAAAACUCAGGCAAUUUAACUAAGGAAUUCUUAGAUAUGAAGAAAAAUAAAGAUUUGCCGUUAGGAAUGGAGUUUUUCGUGCUUUCCUCAAAUUCUUGGCCAAUCAGUAAAGCUUAGAAUAGCUUUAUACUGCCCAAAUAGAUCUCAGAUAUUACAUAAAACUAUCUUGAGUACUAUAAGAAUCUUUUUAAAGGUAGAACUCUCAAUUGGUCUAUAGAUUACUGUUCUAGUUUGGUAAAGGGAAACUUUGAAAAUGGUAAGGCAAGCUACCAAUUUGAAGCUUCAGGUGUAUAAUCACUGAUCCUUUUAGCUUUCAAUAACCAGAGCAAGGUGACGAUGAAUGAUAUAAUGAAAUAAACCAAUAUUGUAGAGGACUAUUUGAAGUCUGGCUUUUAGGCUCUGGCUAGUUCUGAAAUUAAAUUACUCAUUAAGGAAAGUGGCAAUCCUGACUCUAUGAUAGUUGGUAAGGAUGACAUUUAUGCAUUAAAUGAGUAGUUUACAUCCAAACUUAAGAGACUUAACAUAAAUAAAGCAAUCAAAUCUGAUAAAAACAUUAAGGAGGAGUAGAAGGAGACUGAAGAUAGAGUUAAGGAGGAUAGACGCUUCUAGGUUGAUGCUGCAGCCACCAAGAUAAUGAAAGAAUUCAAACAGCUACCUCAUAAUGAUCUGAUAAAAUGCCUAUAUGAGAGAUUAAACUUCCCGAUUGACACAGCCUACAUAAAGACUAGGAUUGAGUCACUGAUUGAUAAGGACUAUCUUAAGAGAAAUGUCUAGGAUAGCUCAAUCUAUGAGUAUGUUGCAUGA